CUCCGAGACUCGAACAUGGCGGCCGCCUGGUGUCUCCGCUGCGGCCUGAGCCGAGCCGGAGCCUGGCUGCUCCCGCGGCUCGCGCGCUGCCCCUGCCGGCCUCUGCACAAACAGGUAGACGGCACCGAGUUCCAGAGCAUCUACAGCCUGGACAAGCUGUACCCCGAAUCGCGGGGCUCCGACACCGCCUGGAGGGUCCCGGAUGAUGCAAAGCAAGCCAACAAUGACAUUCCUCUGGAUCGCUUGACAAUAUCUUAUUGUCGGAGUAGUGGUCCUGGGGGCCAGAAUGUUAACAAAGUGAAUUCCAAGGCUGAAGUCAGGUUCCAUUUGGCAACCGCCGACUGGAUUGCAGAGCCUGUGCGACAGAAAAUGGCCAUCACGCAUAAAAAUAAGAUCAACAGGUCAGGAGAGUUGAUACUCACCUCUGAACGCAGCCGCUAUCAGUUCCGAAAUCUGGCAGAUUGCCUACAGAAAAUUCGAGACAUGAUUGCUGAGGCCAGCCAGACAGCCAAGGAGCCAUCCAAAGAAGAUGCUGUGCUACAGAGAAUCAGGAUAGAAAACAUGAAUCGGGAGAGGCUGAGAAAAAAGAGAAUAAAUUCUACUAUAAAGACAAGCAGGAGGGUAGAUAUGGACUGAAAUCAUCCUCCAAAGCCGGCAAAGACUCUCUUCAGGGCGUCCAGGCAGCUGCAGCUGAGGGAGCUUUAACACCGCUGGGAGACUUUGUUUUUGUGGUUGUUAAUGUCUGUCUCUAACAUUGGAGCCAUCACAAGAGUGUUCGUGUGGAAUGAGGGUCGCAGACACUGGUUGCAAAGGUCUUUAUAGGAAAUCAUGUGUUGUCAAACUUUAAUUAUCCAUUUGAUAUAUUAGCUACAAUAAAAUU